UGCUGGAGGAGCGUUCAUUUUGGCAAGGAAAUGUGCAGAUUUUGCAACUACAUGGAGAAGAAAGUGUUCAAGUGGGAAUGACCUCACCCUCAUAGACCUGGGUGACCCCAUCAAUGACGGUGAUGUUAUGAAGGAAGAAGACAGAUCUGAUAAAGAUCACAGAGAGGUUGAGAGACAGACCAAGUUGGAAGAGGCUGUUCUAGAGACAGAUAUCCCAACUCUGUGACUUGAGGAUGAAGGAGAAAUUAAGAUGCAGGAUGCUGAUCUGAAGACAGAUGGCACAUCUCAGUCACAGAAGGUUGAAGGAGAGAGUGAGUUGGACGAUGCUGUUGUCAUCCCAUCUCAGUCACAGGAGGAGGCCAAAGGAGAGAGUGAGUUAAAUCAGGUUGAUCUGAAGAUAUCCAGACCUACACACCUUUGUGCAGGACAUGAAGGAUGGCCAUUGGAAUCUGCUGAGUGAGAAUAUGCGUGCCGGGAUGAGCAGAGAUGAGUUUAGUGCUAGGUGCAUGGAUAUUACAAAUUGUGUGAUGGAGUCUACAUGCACUGUGGUCGUUCCUGCCCUUGACCUCACUAUGCAGAUCAGGCACUCUGAUUCGUCAAGCUCUUCUGGAUCAGGAAGUAAUGAGGCUAGAGAAGUGACCUCUCUUGGCCGCAGCGUCAGAUUCAGCUUUUGUGGUGGACCCAGUAGACGCACCAGUUCUGGAACUGCUUGAAGCACACAAACUCCCACGCCUUUCCCCUCCUCUCACAGGUCCAUGACCUCUUUGCUGAGUGAUGACGAAGAGCGAUAUGUCUCCUCACCUGAGGGUGGUGAUAGAGAGAUGAGACACAGACCCCACUCGGUACCACUGAGUUCUGUGUUUGGAAUCUCUGAGGAUUCUGUCUUCAACAUGGUCCAGAGAGGCCAGUCGCAGAGUGACAUCGUACUGUCGUCCAGUUGGAGUAGACGGGAGAAAUACAGACCUGUCAAAAUACCAACGGACACCAAGUUUAUGAUGGGUAUUGUGGAGUUGGCUGUGAACCUUCUCAACUCUAGAUUGGCUGAGCUAAUGCGAAGUUUCAGUCAGGGAACUCUAUGUCCGCUGUCUGGUAGUAUCUCAGCAAGUCAGCAGUUUGCCCAAGAAAUGCUAAGCGUGGUGUUUGCUAAGAUGUAUUCCCAUGCCAUAGAGCAUAUUGCGCACGGCCACAAGUCUCAUCCAAGUCAAUUUCUGUCCCACAACAGAAUGACAGAAGUGUCAUCCGAUGUUGUGGAUCUUGUACUUGAGGUUUUUGGGAUAACAGGAUUUUUGGAUAGCAGGAGCCCGUCAAGGCUACAGAGUGCCUGCUCCUACAACUCAGCUAGUGGAGCAAUAGAUAUUAGAGCUCUUGCUGGGGACUUGGUCAGACAGGUGUCUGUCAAACUCAGACCCUUUGUCUCUGAGAGUCAACUCUCCACCAUGUCCAUGACAGAUCUGUCAUCUAUUUCUGACUCCACCUUGAAGCAGUUGUGUUGUAGCUCUGCUGUUGCAACUAGCCAGAGACCUUUGAGGACAUGGAUAUCCCAGACAUACUCCAGGGCCCGUGGCCGUUUGAGGAGGCUGCUAUGAUAAAGCACCCAGAGAUGUCCACCUCGACAAUAUACAGGUCUCUGCUUCUCGACUCAUCUCUCGCCUCCUCUAACAUGAUCACUGAGAGCAUUAUCUUCAACAGCCCACGCCCAUCAGAGGAGAAUGUGAGUAUUCAGAAUGUGCUCCCUGCUGAUAAAGUUGACAUCCUCCAUGGUCAACCAGUGGAGGGGUAUAUCGUCAAAGCUGAGCAAUGCAUCACUCAGGUCAUUCAGGAUGCAGCUGUGACAUAUACUGGCGUGCUGGAUAAAACCGACACUUGUGGGAAACUGUCGGAAGUUCUGUCUGUCUGCGUUUCCGCAGAGAAUAUUGAGGAUGCAUCCUCUGAUCAAUUUGGUGGAUUUAUUUCCGACCUGCAUGAUGUAUCUGGAGGUCUAUAAGACCUCCAUGCGUACGAAAUCAGGUCGCAAAAUGUUCUGGAUGGAAGUGAGUUCAGGUUCCCAGAAGAUUUAUACCAAAACCCUGGACAAUCUGAGGAAGCUUUUCACCCCUCACCUUCUCACUGAGGGAAAAAUUAUCCAAAUUGAGCUCUAUGACAUUGGACUACUUGUAACUGAGACAACUGUGGAGGUAUCUCCUGUACAGAAGACAGACAUUAAUACCUCUUCAAUGUCCUCAGCCCACCAGCUCACCCUCGACACCUACACUAAAGAAGUCAUCAAAAAGGUAUUCUCGGUGCUGAGGGUGGAGACUUCAACCAGAAGAUGGACUCAAUUUUGAAAUUGGAGAGCCUCAGCCAAGAUUGCCAAACUCACGCGAUCUCGUAGUGCAGCCAGCAGAAGCUCUAACAUUUCCAUCCAGAGCUUUCACAGUGCUGAGUUCCAAGCUACGGCCAAACAGAUUGUGCGUGAGCUCAUUCUCAGAGCUGCUAGCGAAGCAAACUGUUCUUUGCCACAGAGCAUGCCUAGCAGCACCUUCUCACACCAUGUGGUUUCUACAACUGAAGAUAGUGAAUAUGAUCAUGCAAGACCUUGAAAGUCUAUCCCAGUACAUAGUGGAGGACGCAGACUCCUUCCCACUAGGAGAGAAAAGGCUGCAGUCCCAGCUCAAUCCCAGAGUUGUCUUUGACACCUUAUUGGAUGCUGCUCAAACCAUGUACCACAGAGUAAAGGAUAGACUGAAUGUCUUUUUGUCUUUUCCACCCGUGUCAGUCACCAUAGCCAAAGAUGUGCUGGACUCGACCCCUGUGGAGACACUCAGAUGCUCAAAGUCCCCUGACACUGCUCUUGUUAAGGACAGGAGCCGCCCUCCGUCUGUGAGAAGUGAGAAGCCAUUUUCAAAAGUUAGUUUGACUAAAAGGUCUAAAGCCCUUGUGUCUUCGAGUGGCUCCUCCACAGACCACCGUGUAAUUAACACAUGCAGUGAGGAUGUCACUCUGCCUACCAGGAGUAUGUCAGUUGUGAGCAACACCAGUUUGAAGAGAACCUCUCCUCUCCAUGGUAGUGGAUUGAGUGCAAGUUGUGAACCUCUUGUGGCUCUACAAGACGGAACGGUGGCAGUCAGCCAAGAAGGCUUUAGCAAAACUGCAAAGAAGACGCUCAGCUUGAUCCUAAAUGUGAUCAAGUGCAGAUUGGCCAACUCUGAGAGUUCAUCUGUUGGUCAGAAUGCAAGUGAGGAGUGUCUGGUAGCCACUAACAUGUUAGACUCGCUACUGGAGAGCCUUGACCUGUUGCCUGACAUGAGUGCUGCCAAUGAGAUCACAAGGACAGAAUGCCAUACCUCUAACGCAAUGGACAAGACAGGUUCACAGUCAGCGCUUGUGAAUCAACAAGAAAUAAACAUAUCUGACACCAGUAUCAUAGUGAAAACUAUAAUGGACACAUUGAAGACAGACGACCCGGAGAUGACUUCAGCAGAAGAAAAUCUGGAUAGGCUCCUGUCAAUUGAAGCCCUUCAAGAUGCGUCUGGCAACCUGAUCGCAAAGGUCCAUGGUCUCAUUCAGGAGAUAACCAUAAGCCGCCAGCUUCAAUCCACGACUGGCCACAGAAGCCUCUCUCAACCAGCUCUGCCAAAGCCAGCACUGAGGAAGCUGUCAAAGGACGAUGCGUCAGAGCUCAUUUACAGCUUUGCCCAGACUUCUGUUAGCAGACUCCUGGGACAGUGUUUGGGUAGGCCUAUGCCACCCACCGCUGACAGGGUUUUGGAUCAGGUCAUCAAGUUGAUGACAGACAUGGUGAUGGACAGCCUGACUGAUCUGUCCAAGUCUGCAAUGGAUGAUGUUAUUGUACCCAGGUCGGUCACACCAACUGGCUCUUCUUACUUAGACACCAGCAAUGCCGCAAGUGACAUCACUCAUGGUGUUGUGGCUGACCUUAAUGCUACUGAGGAAUUCCCUGCCAGGGGCCUUAGCCCGGCUAAUUUAAAGGCUGACGGCAUGGCCCACCUUCCCUCUGCCAGGGGGGAAGAGACUAAGAAGAACAGGAAGUGGCAUUUCCUACCCAAAAUUGUCAAGAUUCCAAAGAUCAGGAUUAAGCUGUACAAGACAAAAGGGGAACCGAAGAGCCACCCUGAACAGGAUUCUUUGCCUACCAAACGUCUCAGAGAGACUCCUAUUUCACAGGAUGCUGAGUGUGAGGUUCCAUCCACUUCCCCACCCAAGGAGGCCCUGACAACCACACUGGCCCCUGCUCCCCAGGAGUCCCAGUCCCGUAAACGACAUCUAAUAGUCAGGGUUGUUGCAUCCCCACACCUACCAGUGAAGCACCACAGGCUAGUAUGAGCGGUAGCUCUGGGUUGUUGUGAACUAACACCUGGCUACUAUUUGUAAGUCGCUCUGGAUAAGAGCGUCUGCUAAAUGACUUAAAUGUAAAUGUACUAAGUAGAUGUGCUUUUCAGGAUGCCAAGACACAUAGGCUUUUCUGGGACCAUUCCCAUUUUACAUCUUUCUGCAGUGGAGCGGUCAUAGGCUUAACUAUGGUAGUUAGAUUUGGAAUGAAUUUGCCAUAAUAGUUAAGGAAGGAAAGAUAAGACCUGAACUCAGUGGUGUUUCUAGGAACGGGAGCCUUCUCAAUAGCUUCAGUUCUGUUUCAUGGGGUGUAUCCCCUCUGCAUCUAUCACAUGACCUAAAUAGGCUAUGCUGUUCUGGAAGAAAGAACAUCUCUCUUUUAACCUUCAUAUUGCAGACUUUGUCUUUUUGGGACUUCUUCAAGAUUUCUCAUGUGCUCUUGUGUCACGCAUAUCAUCAAUAUAACAGAUUACCCCUUCUAUACCUUGUAGGAUCUGAACCAUCAUUUUCUGAAAAAUGACGCACAGGCAACACCAUAAGGAAGCCUGUUGACCUUAAAACAAGCCCUUAUGUGUAUUCAUGGUGAGAUAGUGCUUAAA